AUGAAGUUUGGGAAGGAAUUUGCAGCUCAAAUGGUGCCGGAAUGGAAAACGGCAUACAUGGAUUAUGAUUAUCUUAAGUCCCUUUUAAAAGAAAUUCAAGCUUUCAAACAGAGAAUCAAACAGCAACAACAACAACCAAUCCCACAUGGAAUGAUACGAAGCUUGUCGAUGUACAGAGCUUUCAGUGGGCUUUUACAUAGGCAACAAUCCGUUGGCUCAACGUCGACGUCGUUGGACGUCGAAGAUCAUUCCAUUUUGGUGAAUUUCGUCAACCGGAACGGCUUCGAGAAGUACGAGACGACGUUCUAUAUGCAAGGAGAGAAAGGUGGAGAGUACGAACUGGUGUACUUCAGAAGACUGGACGAUGAGUUCAAUAAGGUGGUUAAGUUUUACAAGUCCAAAGUGGCUGAGGUGAAGCAGGAGGCUGAGACCUUAAACAAGCAAAUGGAUGCUUUUAUUGCCUUUAGAAUCAAAGUGGAGAAUCCUCUAGGAUGGUCGUGGCAGGACCGGUCUGAUGACAUGACUCGUCUAGCCUCCGCCAUCACCGCGUCGGCCACCGCGCUGACCGCUUCGACUCCCGCUGGUUCUAGAGCGAGUGGCAGAAGAUCAGUUGAGCACAUGGAGAUCAUCGAAGAAGGACCGAUCGUGAACAACGAUUCAGAUGAAGAAAAGAAAGAUAAUGUAAAGCCAGAUAUUGAAGCGCAAGCCAUUGAAAAGCCGGUUAAUGGGUUCAAGCAACAUAAACAUGCUCCAUUACAGAUACUGGACCGUGUUAAAAUGAAUAACACACUUGAGACGCCUCGAUCAACCAUUAAAGUGAUCCUAAACGCCCCUAAACAGUCUGAUUUGAAGUUUAAUAUGGAAAAUCUCAAGAGUAUUGAGAACAAACUUAAGCGAGCUUUAGUUGAAUUCUACCGGAAACUUCUCCUCCUCAAAAGUUACAGCUUCUUAAAUACAUUGGCUUUCUCAAAAAUCAUGAAGAAAUAUGACAAGAUCAGUUCAAGGAAUGCUUCAAAAUCAUACAUGAACAUGGUGGAUAGUUCUUAUCUAGGUAGUUCCGAAGAGGUUACAAAACUUAUGGAAAGAGUCGAGGUUACAGUCAUCAAACAUUUUGCAAACUCAAACCGCAGAAAAGGAAUGAAUAUUUUAAGACCCAAAACUAGGAAACAAAGACAUACAACAACAUUUUAUACAGGUUUCUUUGCUGGAUGCGCAUUUGCUCUGAUAUUAGCGCUUAUUUUGAUCAUUCGUGCUCGGCAUUUCAGCAAUCACGACGGUACGAACAAGUACAUGGAAACCAUGUUUCCUCUUUACAGUUUAUUUGGAUUCAUUGUUCUGCAUACGGUUAUGUAUGCUGGGAGUGUGUACUUUUGGAGACGGUAUCGAGUUAAUUACGCCUUCAUAUUUGGUUUCAAGCAAGGAACGGAGCUUGGGUACAGGGAAGUGCUGCUUGUAAGUUUUGGCCUUGCAGCAAUGGCACUUGCUAGUGUGCUUUCUAAUCUUCAUAUGGAGAUGGAUCCCGAAACUAAAGAUUAUAAAGCUUUCACCGAAAUCGUCCCUUUGAUCGUGGUGCUGGUGAUAUUUGUCAUACUGUUCCUGCCAUUUAACAUCCUGUAUCGAUCGAGUCGCUUCUUCUUCCUCACUUGUUUGUUUCACUGUAUCUUAGCCCCUCUUUACAAGGUCAGGCUUCCAGAUUUCUUCCUGGCAGACCAGUUAACUAGCCAGGUUCAAGCAUUUAGAAGCCUUGAGUUCUACAUUUGCUACUAUGGUUGGGGAGAUUUCAGACACAGAGAAAACAGUUGUAAAAGCAACGACGUUUUCACCACUUUCAGCUUCAUCGUCUCCGUUAUUCCUUUCUGGUCUCGUCUUUUUCAGUGCUUGCGUCGUUUCUUCGAAGAGAAAGACACUCCUCAAGUUUACAACGCGGUGAAAUAUUUCCUCACCAUUGUAGCCCUUUGUUUGAGAACUGCUUACAGUCUUAACAACAAUAAGUUAAAUUGGAAAAUUUUGGCUCUCGUUUUCUCGGUGACAGCCGCCAUUGUCGGUACUUAUUGGGACCUUAUCUACGACUGGGGACUUCUUCAACGCCAAUCCAGAAACCGAUGGUUGAGAGAUAAACUCCUUAUACCACGAAAAAGUGUCUACUUUGGUGCCAUGGUCCUGAAUGUUGUGCUGAGAUUUGCAUGGCUGCAAACAGUGUUCAGUUUCAAGUUAUCUGGUUUGCAUACACAAAAUAUGAUCACCAUUGUCGCAAGCCUGGAGAUAAUCCGGCGAGGGGUGUGGAAUUUCUUCAGGUUAGAAAACGAGCAUUUGAAUAACGUCGGAAAGUAUCGGGCAUUCAAGUCGGUGCCGUUGCCUUUCAACUAUGAGGAAGAUGAUGAAGAAGAGCGUGGUCCAGUUGGUAAAGCAAUGACUAUUGGGAUUAUUAGUUGGUCUCAUGUCCUAGGUUCGAACCGCGUUGACUGGGAAUACUGGAAAAAAGCGGGGGACAGAAUAAUAGGUUCUUUGAGUCCUCCGGAGGUUGCCUUGUAG